GCCUCACGUAGGGACCUUUAAUGAAGUGGUACACACUCCGAAGAUCAACCAUGCUGGCAUCCAGGGCUCUGCUGUCUAAACAGACACUGGCGGUUCUCGCUCAACAACCAGCCGCCUUCGUCCAUCAUGGCACCCAAGGCACCUGGGGGAACACCAACGUGGCCGUGGUGUUCUCAGGAUGUGGAUGGUGGGACGGGACUGAUGUCCACGAGGGCGUCUACACCAUGUACCAUCUGAGCCGUAACGGUGCCCGCUUCCAGAUGUUUGCUCCGAACCAGCAGCAGACUGAAGUGAUGGACCACAUGAAGAAGCAGCCCUCCUCCGGAGAUCGGAACACAAUGGUGGAGUCUGCUCGCUUCAGUCACAACCAAGGAAUGAUGCAAAUGAACGAUUUGUCCAAACUGGACGUCAACACCUUUGAUGCUGUCAUCUUCCCUGGAGGCCAUGGAAUCAUCAAGAACCUGUCCUCUUUUAUGAAGGAUGGCAAAGACUGCAAGCUGCACGGUGACGUGGAAAGGGUCCUCAAAGAGUUCCAUCGCUCACGCAAGCCCAUUGGUCUAUCCAGCAUGGCUCCCGUGCUAGCUUGCCGCGUGCUGCCCAGCCUGGAGGUAACCAUGGGAUACGAACGAGACGACACCAGCCGCUGGGGGAAGUGGCCCCACACCAACAUGGUGCAGGUUGUGAAGAGCAUGGGGGCCCGUCACAAUGUCCGCGAGCCAUACGAGGCCCACGUGGACGAGAAGAACAAAGUGGUCAGCACUCCGUCCUUCAUGUGGGAGACGGACUUCCAUUAUCAUUAUAUAUUUGAUGGCAUUGGAAAUAUGGUCAAGCAUGUCAUGCGCAUGUCAAGCAAGUGAUGGAAAAGAGAUCACUAGUGUGAUUAUAAUGACCUCUCAAUCACAUGCACACACCAACCACAACAUUAGGUACACCUGCACAAUAAUAAAUGGAGGGAACACUCGUCCCAGAUCGCAAUCCAUGAAAUAUUCUAAUAUUAAACCGUGGAAUUAAAGGACAGAACUACAAUAGACCGUUACGCUGGAUGUCCGGUGUACCUAAUGAAUUGGCCAAUGUGUGUAGAAGCUUUAGUCAAAGCAGGUGCUCUGUGUGUAUUUGUGAGUGACGUGUGUAAUUUUAAGUAUCAUGUUAGACAAUAAAUUAUUGCUACUCAGCAGUACUACACAUGCCACACAUUGAAGUACACACAAAAAAAAUCACAUUAGCAAUAUAGCUUAUAUGCAUAUAUAAAAAAUGCCCUCAUAUUUCAAAAAUAAAAAGAAAUAAUGAGCAAAA